AUUUGAAAAAUUUGAAAACAAAUCUUCACCGUCCAAAUUAUGUACCAAUCAAAUGAACCUCCGCCAUACGAUCCCGCUCCUUAAUCAACCCAUCUCCUCUCUCUUUCAGUUCCCUUUCAUUUCUAUAAUCAUCUUCUUUCUUUAACACUCCGCGGCAAACAGUAUUUAUAAAUACACAUUUACAUUAACAUAAAUCAAAGUUUCAAUCUUUUUUUGGAUUCAACAUAACCAGGGUAGUGUUGGAGGGAGUGUUUAUGAGUAAAUGGCCAUGUAUGAUCAAGAUUCGUAUGUAGUUCAAUGGGGUCUUCGUCUUCUUGAUGGGGAUCCGCCCUUUUAUUCCGGAUAUUAUGGCGAUGUUGUGCAAAAUGAAGAUAAUUUUCAUGGACAGUAUAUUAGAGAUCAUUAUGAUAUAUCAGAUUGUUCUCAUGUAGAUAGUGAUGAGAUUAUUGCUCGAACUUUGCAAGAAGAGUUUUCGCAGCUGGCUGUUGUUGAAGCUUCUGGAUACACGUCGGAAAGAGAGGAGAAUUUGCAAGAAUCUGUUCAGGUGCAUGAUUGGCACUGCACACCAACAAGGAGCUACAGCUCAGAUCAUGAGAAUAGUCACGAAGAUUCUGAUGGUAUGGUCCCAUCUAGUUCAUGUUCUAGCCCUGGUAAUGGGGAAGAAGAGUAUUCUUAUUCUCCAGAAUAUACUGAUGAAUAUGCACUGGAUGAUGACGAAGUUGAAAGAAGGCUGAAUCAAAUGGUUCCUAUCCCUCAUGUCCCUAGAAUUAAUGGAGAAAUACCUUCACUCGAUGAAGCAACCUCAGACCAUGAACGACUUCUCAAUAGAUUGCAGUUAUUUGGCUUUGAUGAAGUUAAGGUUCAAGGAGAUGGUAACUGUCAGUUUCGUGCUUUAUCAGAUCAGUUAUAUGGCACACCAGAUCGUCACAAAGUUGUGAGGCGACAGGUUGUGAAUCAGCUGAGAUCUCAUCCGGAAAUAUACGAAGGAUACGUUCCCAUGGAGUAUGGUGACUACUUGAAGAAGAUGUCCGGGAGUGGUGAGUGGGGAGAUCAUGUCACAUUGCAGGCAGCUGCUGAUAUGUAUGGUGUGAAGAUACUAGUUAUGACCUCUUUCAAGGACACUUGCUACAUAGAGAUUCUUCCGAUCAACGAAAAGACAAAAAGAGUAAUUUUCUUGAGCUUUUGGGCGGAAGUACACUACAACUCUAUCUAUUUUCAAGGAGAUACAACUUCUAAAGAGCUAAGAAAGAAGAAGAAGUGGUGGAGUUUCGGACAGAGGCAGUAGAAAUGGCUGGCCGAUCUCCUUAUCCGAGCUUCACUGCUGUUGCUGAUUUUCGACUAAUGUACACGCACAAUGCUUCUUUGUGUUGUAUUUUUUUAAUCUCUAAUUUAAUCAAUAAACUUUUGUUAUGUAUUA